UCCUCCUCCCCGGGCCCCCCAUGUCCCCGCUGCUGCUGGUGGGGCUGGGGCUGCUGAUGCUGGCCGGGCAGGCGGCGGCUCUGAUCGAGGGCCUGUACUGCGGCCGCCAGGUGUGCUAUGAUGUGCUGGGGGUGAGCAGGGAUGCCAGCAAGGCGGACAUAGCCCGGGCUUACCGGCAGCUCGCCAGGAGGUACCACCUGGACCGGUACCGGCCCGGAGAGCAGAGCGAGGAGGCCAGCGAGAAAUUCAUCCAGGUGGCCACGGCCUAUGAGACCCUAAAGGAUGAAGACACGCGUAAGGAUUAUGACUACAUGUUGGAUCACCCAGAAGAACACUACAGGCAUUACUAUUAUUACUACAGUAGGCGGCUGGCACCGAAGGUGGAUGUGAGACUUGUCAUUCUAGUUACAGUGUGUGCCAUCUCACUGUUUCAGUUCUACAGCUGGUGGAGCAGCUACAAUGAUGCUAUUAACUAUUUAGCAACCGUGCCAAAAUACAGAAUCCAAGCCGCUGAAAUUGCCCGGCAGCAAGGGCUGCUCAACAAGGCUAAAGAAAAGGGAAAGAGCAGGCGGUCUAAAGAAGAAAUCCGGCAGGAGGAAGAGGAGAUAAUCAGGGACAUCAUAAAGAACAAAAUAGACAUCAAAGGGGGUUAUCAGAAGCCGCAGAUCUAUGAUAUCCUGUUUUUCCAAAUAAUUUUAUUUCCCUAUUAUCUAUUUAAGUAUAUAUCCUGGUAUGUCUGGUGGAUUUAUACUUUUAACAUAAAAAGAGAAGAAUAUGGAGAAUUUGACCUCAUCCGGAAAAAUAUGAAGAUGUCAGAAGCUCUGUUUGACAGCUUGGAAGAUCAUCGGAAACAGAAGUUUUUAGAGCAGCAGUUAUGGAUACGAGAAAACUUUGAGGUAUACAGGUAGGAGCAAGAAGAGGAAAUGAAGCAAAAAUUGGCAUCUGACCUCCGAUGGAAGAGGUAUCGAAGGUGGAUGAAGAAUGAGGGUCCUGGAAGGCUUACAUUUGUAGAUGACUAAAAUGCUAUGGUGCUAACUGAAGAGAUUAUUUUCAUAAAAUAAAUUAUAAGAAUUCUUUUUAUCUACAAAGAAACUAAAACACAAGAACAAUUUUAAA